GGCAAUUCGAUGUCCCCAUACCAAUCGCAUUUUCCAAAUGCUGUUCUAAUUCUAAUUCACAAAACAUCCAACAUAAAGAUCUUUUUCCAUUUCUUCAUUCCAACUUCUACAACACCACCCAAUCAUGACUUCCGCCACCUUCUACCCACACUUUACCUCCCAAUCUAUCUCCACCAGCCCUGAGAUUUUCACCCAUACCCUCACUGGACCCAAAAACGGCCCUCCUCUUCUUCUCGUCCAUGGCUUCCCGCAAACACAUCAUAUAUGGCAUUCAGUGACGCCGCAUUUGGUUGAUCACUUUUCUCUUGUGUUGGUGGAUUUGAGGGGGUAUGGAGAGAGUUCUAAACCGAAAGGUAGUGAGGAACAUAAGGAGUAUAGUAAGAGUACUAUGGGUUCCGACCUUCUCGCCGCAAUGAAGCAUCUCGGCUACCCUCAGUUCUCAAUCCUAGCCCACGACCGCGGCGCCCGCGUCGCCCAUCAACUCGCUAUCAAUCAUCCGGAAGCUGUGACAAAGCUCAUGCUUCUAGAUAUUCUUCCGACUCUAACCAUGUACGAACUAGGAAAACACUCCUGGUAUCAAAAAUACUGGCACUGGACUUUCCUCUCGCAACCUUCUCCCUUCCCCGAACAAGCAAUUCUCGGGAACCCUAGCCUUUUCUCCGAGAAGUUUCUAGGGAAAGGUGGUGUGGGUAAAGGAUUUAUCAUUGAUGCGAAAGCGAGAGAGGUGUAUGAUGGAUUAAUGAGAGAUGAAGAGGCUGUACAUGGUAUGUGUGAGGAUUAUAGGGCUGGGGCAUCGAUUGAUCUGGAAGAGCAGAGGAGAGAUAGGAAAGAGGGGAAGAAAAUUCAAUGUGACGUCUUUGUGGUUUGGGGAGAGAAGGGCGCCUGUGGAAGCGAGUUUGGAGAUGUAGUGGGGCUUUGGAAAGAGGUUUGUGGGGGGAAGGUAGAGGGGGUGGCGGUGGACGGGGGACAUUAUGUCCCGGAGGAAUGUCCGGAGGAGUUGGUGAAGUUGGUUAAGAAUUGGUUUUGAGGGGUGAGUAAUAGGAGAUGGGCUAUUGUGGAUGCGGGUUGAGGCGGUGAUAUUGUCAUGGUAGCUCCUCAAUGCUAUGAUAUUACAGUAAAAACAAGAAAGUCAAUACUAAUACUACAUUCCA